AUGCUACAGAGGCUGAGCAGGCUGCCAGAGGUGCUGGAUGUCCCUGGGCCCUCCUGGCCGCUGUCGCACACCCUGCGGAGCUGCCCGAGCCCCGGAGCGGCCGGCGCUGCCCGGCCCGCGGGCUUCGAGCUCUCUCUGGCGGCAGCGCGGCGGAACUGGCGGCCGGGCCGGAGCAGGAGCAUCCCUCCGCCCUCCUUCCGCGGCUCCCUUGGCGAAUUCCAGCCAUCUCCCCUGGGAAACAGUGCUGAAGGUGGACAACGGGCACCCCGCACGCGUUUGCCGGCAGGCGCCACCCCUCGACGAACUCCUCUUUCUUUCAAGGGCUUGGAAAUUAUUUCCUUGCCACAGAAAUGCCGUCUUCGGCUCAGGAAGUCCACGAACUGCAAAUUGCUUGAGGUGUUUCCUCAUGCCUGCUUCAUUCUGUCUCUCGUCAUCUAUGCUUUUCUUGGGGCUCUCAUGUUUUCCCACAUGGAAGGUACCCGGGAGGUCACAGUAACUGAAGAAUACAGAACAUUUCUGCAGAACCUGGUGUACCUCGCCAGAGAGUUAUCAGAUAAUGUGACAGAAAAUGAGAAGUUUAACGACGACAUCCGUAAGCUUUUCAACACAGCUGACCCAGUCUGGUUUAUGAAUCCAGAAGAAAGAUGGAGUUUCUUUGGGUCUCUCUUUUUUUGCUGCACAGUAUUCACAACUGUGGGUUAUGGUAAUACCUAUCCUGUGACACGGAGUGGGAAGUAUCUCUGUAUGUUGUAUGCUUUAUUUGGGAUCCCUCUGAUGUUCUUGGUCCUGACAGACAUGGGAGACAUCCUUGCAACUGUCUUAUCCAAGUCCUACAAUGAGUUCAGGAAACUACAGUCAAAAAUUCUUGCCUCUAAACUCUGUUCUGGAUCCACAUGUAGCAAAAGGAAUGAACUGAAAUCCAGGGCACAGUCUAAAAUAGUCAUCAACGAGCCCCUGACCAUUAUGGAAGUGCUGAGAAGUCAGUCAGGUAUGAAACCAGUCAAAUAUCGCAAUGUGGAACUUUUUGAAAUGUUAAUUGCCAGGGAGAAUGAAAACACACAACCAGCAAGAAAUAAAAGCAUGGAGAGAUGGAGUUCAUGUCCUGAGCUAGCCAGGGAAAAGACGGUGUCCAGAGUAAUCGAGAAUUUUGACAAAAUAGGAAAAGAGUUAGAAAAAUUAGAUGUGCCCAUUGUACUGAUGGUACUCGUUAUCUUUGUGUACAUCUCCUGUGCAGCUGCUAUUCUUCCAAACUGGGAAAAAAAAAUGGAUUUUCAGGAAGCCUUUUAUUUCUGCUUUAUCACUUUGACCACUAUUGGAUUUGGAGAUACAAAACUAGAACAUCCUAAGUUUUUCUUGUUUUUUUCCCUCUACAUUAUAAUUGGCAUGGAAAUUGUCUUCAUUGCUUUUAAGCUGGGUCAAGACCGCUUAGUUGUUCUGUAUAAAAAGGAGCACGUGCUGAACACCGACCCCAGCAGUCCCCACUCCUCACCCACAUUUCGCUCUGCACAGGCUGCUCCACUUCUGGGAGCUCCUUGA